UGAACGACGGCGCUCCGGAGGGCGGCAACCACCUGCCUGCAGCAAACGCACCGCUAAUUCAGACAACGCCUGGCCGCCAUGACAGGAAGUCUAAGCAACGACAGGCGUGAUGGGCUGAUCCGACGCCGGUCUUGAGAAGUUGGCCGUGUGUGUAUGUAUGUGUGUGGGUGGGUGGGUGAGCUAUCACAUUCCCCUACGCUUAUUCUCCCUCCUUCUCACACUCUCCACUCACACAUCAGACCUUUCAGCGCCGUCGCAAGUUGAUGCACAACGGAUUACCCCUCACAGUCCAAAGGGCUUUCACCAUCUUCCUCUACUAUCUUCGGGUCUCCACUUCAGAAGGGGUCUUCCGGACGGAUAUGAACCCCGUUGCGGAACCCGAAGACAUAUUAUAAAGGCUGGACAAGUCGACUUUAUUGCCACGCCUAUACCAUCUCACUGCCAUCCUCCCGACCGACACGCCCAUCUGCUUCUUCUCCACAUUCAGACGGCAAGCACAUACGCUAGCGGGACCGACGGUGACGUGGAGAUCGUAAACGUAGCUAAAGAGUUACAUUUCUCAAUAGUCGUCUAUGAUAAGGCGCAUACGCCGAAGAACGAGAGAUCGACGACGCAUAAAAUGAUAGCAGCCCUCAAAUUUGACAGUCUCCUGCUGAGUUCGGCGACUCCCAUGCUCAACCACUGCAGAGAUAACCUGGUAUACCUCCGCCUCGCGUUCUGGGAUCUGCCGGCGAUGCCCGUGUUGCCCCCGGGAACGGACCCCGCCGACCUCUACCGCGAAGACUGGGACCCAUACUCGCCGCCGCCGGCGAAACCUACAUCCUCUCCGUCCAAAAAGUUCGUCCCCGAAGACGGGUACAAGCCCCUACUCUCGAGAGACGCCCCGGCCGGCUCCCUCCGCCACCGUCUCCUCACCGCUUUCAGGGACCGCAGCUUCGGAUGGUGGGCUCUGAGCCCGCGUCUCUUUAGAACUACCGCCCGACGGCAUGGGUGGAACUACGACUCGCAAUCCAUUCUAGAGUCAGUGUUAGGCCUAGAUGGCUCUUCACCCCUCGUCUAAGUCAGGUCCGACAUGUCCUCCGUAUUAGGUCUGGGCGCCAUUCAGCCAUAUUCUCAUAAAUUAAUGGUCGAUGUUCGGCCU